AUGAGUGACAGGUAUCUGGAGCAGUGGAUUGACAUCAAAUUUUGCAUGAAAUUUGGCAAAAGUAUGAGUGAAAUGUUAGGACAGGCUUAUAGUGAACAUUUCAUGAAGAAAUCAGAUGUUUUUGAAUGGCAUAGGUGGUUUAAGGAGGGGCUUGAAGAUGUCCACGAUGACACAAGAAGUGGGCAGCCAAAAACACAAAAAAUAGACAGAUGCAUAAUUGGACAAAGUGUGAACCUUAGUACACAUAGACUGAAGAUUGAGUGUGUGAAAGAUGACAGAAGAACUGUACAUGAACAGGGAAACAGUGAGGAAAAUUCUAAUGGAGGAUUUGGGAAUGAGAAAGAUUUCUGCGAAGAUGGUGCCUCGAGUCUUGACAGAAGAUCAGAAAGAAUGUCAUCUUCAAAUUUCAUUCCAUCUUUUUGUAACGCCCUCUAG